UUUUAUGGAAUUUGAAUGCCAAAGAGGUACUAAGAUUGGUUUGAAAGAUUGUUCUAUAAAUUGUGUAGACUACCCCUGCAAAGGAAAAGCUGAUUCUAUUUUUAUUGAACCUUCAAAGAACAGUAAGAGUUUCGCAUUUGACUCAGAGAAACAAAAGUCACUGAGGAGAUUGGAUGGGAAAGGUGCUAGUUUGAGUUUGAAAUGCGAGGAGUCGCUCGCUGUUAAGGAGGUUCUGCUUGAUUGUCGGUCUAUUACUGACCUUCCUCCGGCAUUGAUCUCAGAAAUACUUAAUUGCUUAGAACCGAAGGAACUUGGCAUUGUUUCUUGUGUGAAUACGUCAUUGUAUCGUCUUGCUUCUGAGCUCCAUGUGUGGAAGGAGUUCUAUUAUGAGAGGUGGGGGCAGCCAAUAUUGCUGGCACCUUUGGGCGCAGAGCAUGUGGAUGAGAAGUCGUGGAAGGAGCUUUUCGUGGAGAGGGAAUUCCGUAGUAAAACAUUCAUGGGACGCUAUAGUAUCGAUACAUUGCAUGGUCAUACUGAGGCUGUUAGAACUGUUGUUGUUUUAUCUUCAAAGAAGCUUGUGUUUACUUCAGGGUAUGAUCAGAUAGUAAGAAUGUGGGACCUGGAAGAAGGUUUAUCCAUUGCAUCAUCUCGCCCUCUUGGCUGCACAAUUCGUGCAGUUGCAGCUGAUUCAAGGCUCUUAGUGGCAGGGGGUACAGAAGGAUUUAUACAUGGCUGGAGAGCAGAGGAUGGAAAUCCACAUCUCUUUGAUCUUCGAUCACCUCAGAACCAGAACAUGGAAUUCAGAGUUUGGAAACAUGAAGGCCCAAUAACAUGUCUUGCAUUGGAUUUAAAUAAGAUGUACAGUGGUUCAUGGGACAUGAGCAUACGUGUUUGGGAUCGAUCUUCUUUGAAAUGUUUGGAAGUUUUAAUGCAUAAUGACUGGGUUUGGAGCCUUGCU